GGCUUAUAAAAUGAUAGCUGUAGCGGAAGCUGCAUGUGACAGCAUCGCAAUUUCUGUAACAAAGGAAUGCUCACAUUUAGAAAACUGUACUUCCGGCGAAAAACUGCUCGUACGACCGGAAAACAUCAAGACGGCACUCGGUGGAGUGUCCCCUUUUUUGGCAGCCGAAUAUUUGCGGCGCUGCCAGGCAUGCUCGGCGCAUCAAAACCUGAGCGCCACUCCACGCGAUUGCCAGGACGUGUAUAGCCAGGGACAGAGAAAAACAGGGACUUAUACAAUUUACCCAACACCGGGCUAUGUAUUUCAGAUUCGAUGUGACAUGGAGACGGCCCCCGGAGGCUGGACGGUGUUUCAGAGGCGAGUGUCGGACACCGACUUUUAUCGGACAUGGAAAGAGUACAAAAAUGGUUUCGGUGACCUUGAAAACUUCUGGCUCGGAAACGAGUACCUUUGGGCGCUAAUAAACUCCGCCCAUUAUGGCCUUCGAGUUGAUCUUACAGCGCCUGGUGGGGAAACAGCAUACGCUCAAUACAGUAAUUUCAAAAUCGGCCCUGAAAGCGAGAGCUACCUACUGCACGUGAACGGCUACAGCGGAACUGCUGGUGACAGUUUGUCCGGUCCUCGCCAUGACGGUUAUGUAUUUUGUACGAAGGACAGGGACGCCACUUCGAUGUGCACAUCCAUGUAUCGAGGCGCUUGGUGGUACGACAGUUGUCAUGUUUCAAAUCUCAAUGGUGACUAUGGGAACUCGCAGUACGGAAUUGGGAUGAACUGGCGAAGUUGGAAGGGCUACUACGUGUCUAUGGUGAAAACAGAAAUGAAGAUUCGUCGAAUGAGUUAAUUAAACAUACAACACGUAUAUGGCAUUGAUUUAUGACAUGAAUAAGCUUUCCAACGCAAUGAUCAACCAAGGGCAAAUAAAACAUGAUCUAAGACACUGUAGGUAUAACGAGGACGUGAAAAAAAACCGUAGCUUGUCAAAACGUCCCCGAGAACGUCCCUACAAGUGAAUGUUGCAUUAAGAACUAAUUUAAGAGAAAAAAGUAUAUGGAAUGGAUUUAUCAUUAAAUAACACUGCCCCUAACAGCGAGGAGCAUUUUAUUUAUGAAUUUUUAUAUUCAUAUUUUAAACAUAUUUAAACAUUGAUGUUUUGGGGACGUUUUGAAUAUGUAAAUACUUUUCUACACUAGUUUACAUGAUUGCGUGGAUAUAUAAAACGUUUCAUUAUAACAGCUACAAAUUUGCCUAGUUCACAAAAGGGUUUGUUAAUUGUUCUCACUCACAAGAGAUUCAAAACUAAAACAAUUACUUCUGCUUCU